AUGACCAGUGGCUCAAGCGAUCCUCCUUCGGGCGAUCAGAGUAGCGGUACGUCGCAGCGUUCAUACGAUGAAGUGCCCGCGCUUUCACGAAUCGGAAUGCGACCCACGCCUUUUUGGAAAACGAAGCCGGAUCUAUGGUUCGUGCAGAUGGAAGCCCAAUUCCUUACAGCGAAUAUAACGGUAGAUGUAAUCAAAUACAAUUAUGUAAUACAGUGCCUUGACGACACUUCUCUGACAGAAGUUAAUGACAUUGUGCUUAACCCUCCCGCGACAGAUAAGUACGCCACGCUCAAAAAUAGGUUAGGCAAUAGCUUCGCGGAUAGUGCCGAAAGAAAAUUGCAUAAAUUGUUAAAUGAGGUUGAUCUAGGCGAUCGUCGUCCGUCACAGUUGCUUCGCAGAAUGAGGGACCUUGCGCAAAACGGCGUAUCAAAAGAAGUACUUAGAUCCUUAUGGUUGCAUCACUUGCCACAACAGAUACAGGUUAUUUUAACAGCUACAAAAUAUGAUCUGGAAGAGCUAUCGCAGCUGGUAGACCGAGUAACGGAUGUAUUACCUAUUGGCAAUAACACUGUCGCAACUUUUACACCGAAUCAAGCUACCUCAAUGGAUUCGCAAUGUCUGCGCUGCUGGAUAGAAAAACUGGAAACACGUUUAUUAUGCCGCAAGUCACAUGUCUCAUCGGACCGUCGUCGCAGAAGCCGUUCAAGAUCUAAAUCGAAGAAUCGCCUUUGCUGGUAUCGCAGACGUUUUGGCGGAAAUGCCACCAAGUGUACGCAACCUUGCGGCUGGAAAACGGCUGUGCUGGAAAACUAG